AUGAACUGGACAGGAGGCAAGCUGCAACGGAACUCGAAGAGCAAGGGCAAUGCCGUCGUCGAACGUCAAAAGUCGCACUUUGCCAAAGUUCGUAGCAAGGCUCCAAACAGGACCAAUCCUUCGACUGAAGGCUGGAAAGACACCUCUCCAAAUCGACCUCCAUCUCCUCCACCACUCAAGAAAGCUCGGACUCAGCACAGGCACUCUCCACGGAUACAAAAAUGGUCCACAUCUGGCCAAAGGGAUGGACGCCGCAUUGUGGGAGAUUUUGUGUUGCCAUCUCGGGGUACCAGUGAGGUCCAGAUCAGGGUAGGUCCGCGAGCAUUCGCAAGUCAGCUCGACACGACCGUGGCUAGUCCCUCGACCAGGAUUCGAUCACACUCCACAUCGCCCUCGGAUUACUCCUCAAACUCGAUGCUUCUUGACGGGCUCGACCAGCGAGGGUCGCAGGCGAGAGACUCCGGUGAUAGUAAGCCCUACCAAUCAGACCAAAGCAACAUCAUAACCUCACCAUGUGAGCCGGAACGAAUGCGGUUCGUGUUGAGUGACUCGCUUGAGGAUGUCUUGCGGAAUCAGGAUGAUACCCAGUAUCCCUCAGACUUUGCGACACAUGCUUCAUCAGCCGUUCAUGCUGUCGCAAGUUUUGGUAAUGCUUCGAACAACACAUCAGCCGAGGAUAUGCAAAGCAAUCCAGAUGCGGCCAAGCAAUUGAGAGGUUCACCGGUCAAGCCACUACCUGAGCACUUGAACACUUCUGGACCAUAUGCACGAGAUAGUCCUGGUCACAAUCACGAGGACUUUGGAGAUAACGAUGACAUCUGGCUGAGGUUCAUCGAGGAGGAGAAAACAGAAGUUGGUCAGACNAAAAAUGACCGGUAUGCUGCACCUCAAUAUAAGACGCAAGCCUCGCCUAUUCCUCUACCUACUUUGGCAGUGGUUCAGGAGGAGCCGUCCUAUCCGGUCAGCGUUCGUGGAAGCACCCCGCAUUCAUCCUGCCCGACAGCACGUCCAUGUCUUCUCGAGACAACGACCUCGAAACGGUCUAGCGGUAAGACAAGCAAGAGAGGACCAAGCCUCACUCAUGACAAUCGAGUAUGGAGAAGAUUCGUACUAGGAUACGACCCCUCCUAUGCCUCGUGA